GAAAGUUGGAGCAAUUUAUGGAAUUUCCAUUUCUCUCCCGGCCAUGGUCUUCAAACCGAAGCAGUGAUAAGAUAAGCCCCAAAAUCAACUCUGUCCUCUCUUCUUCUUCCCCAAACCUCUCAGAUUCCGCCAUGGAAGCUUCUCUUCUAAGCUUUACCUCCUUCACGCCCCCUUCUUCUUCUUCUUCUCAAAUUCUAACCCUAAACAGACCCACAAACCCAUUUUCCUUCUCUCCCCCUCGCCAUUCCACCAAUCAAACCCGCCAUUAUCGCGGUCUCAUGGUCGCCGCCGCCAUUUCCCGCACUAAGAAAGAAGAAACCGUUGAAACAGUCAAACAACAGCUCGAAGACUGCUAUCUAUUGGCUGGAAUCAAGUACAAAGGCUUCACCGUCAAGCAAUUUCAAGAACUCCGUCGAUCUCUUCCCGAAACCUCAAAGCUCAUUGUCGCUAAAAACACGCUCGUUCUUAAAGCGAUUGAAGGGACCUCUUGGGAAGCUCUAAAGCCCUGUAUGAAGGGCAUGAAUGUAUGGUUAUUUGUCCACUCCGAGGAAAUUCCGGCUGCAAUUAAGCCUUAUAGGGAUUUCCAGAAGGAGAAGAAGCUCGAGGAUAAUGAUUUCACUGGAGCGGUUUUCGAGGGGAAAUAUUACGGGCCGGAUGAAUUCAAGGCGUUAGAGACAAUGCCGUCGAGAGCGGAGGUUUAUGCCAAAAUGUUGGGUCUGUUGCAGGCUCCGGCGUCCAGCUUGGUCGGAACGAUACAGGCUCCGGCGAGGGAAUUGUUGAUGGUUUUGAAAGCCUAUGUGCAGAAAUUGGAGGAGCAAGGCGGCGGCAGUGGCGGCGGGCAGUAAUGUACAUAGAAGAAGAGCUUCCAUUGUUAGCUGUUUUCAACAUAGGGAAAAGAUUUUAAGAGUUUAUGAUUGAGAUGCCGAGACACCGUUGAGUAACAAUUUGGUUUUUGAAAAUUGUGUUCAUUUUCUCCAAGUUCUUUACAUAGUUUACACCUCUACUAGGAAAAUAAACAUUUGAAAUCAUAGUCAAAAUUCUAAGAAAACAGCAAGUUUCUAAAAACUUGUUUUUCCUUUUAUGGAAAUAGUAGAAUUUUAUUGAUGA